AUGGAUUUCCCAAAUCCCCAACUGCCGUUCAUGUUUGUGCACGUCAACGGAACGUCGGUGCAGUCUGCCUCACAUUCGCAUUAUAACGAAGGGGGGAAGAAAGAUGAUAUGCGAGUUUCCGGUUACUACGCUAUCCGAAGAGGAGUUGCGGCGAAUAACCUCGUUAUCAUCACCUUUUACAAGGAUCAGUACGAAUGCUUGGAGGAAUUCGUCACGAGGAUCGAUGCAAACCUCUCCACGGUAGACACCGUUAAGGGGAGACAAGAGGAUGUCGUGAUCGUGUUGACAACGAAGACGCACUUCAAUCCGGAAGGAGCGGAGUUUCGGGGAGACCCACGACGGAUGAACGUCGCUCUAACUAAAUGCAGACACGGGCAAUUCGUGCUGGGCCAUCGAGAAUCCCUCGAGCAAUGCCGUUCUGGAAGACGGUUCUGGACUGGGCGAGAACCACAACGCGAUCAUACCAUCGACAAGCUUGGGCCGCUACUUGCGGGCGUGAACACAGAAAUACAAGGAAGAUGCGAAAGACGGCUCGGGGAACGUGGUAACGAAGAGCCUGUUUCAAAACCUGGUGCAGAAAUUAGCAAAAAUCUGGGAAGAUUUGCCGAGCGUCGUACCGAUAUCUUCGGUGUUGAUGCUGCUGGAGCAGAACAAACGGUAAUCGGAAAAAAAUUGGGAGAGGAAGCUCCGCAGCCUGCAAAGCAACUUAUUUGGGAUGGAUCUGAAGAGACUCGUAAAGCACACUCUUGCCGUACAAAGCCAAUUCACGAUUGGGCUGAUGCCAUUACCAGCAGUUUUUGCCAGGGCGCAGACGGGCAUACCAAUGCGUGUACCUGGCAGUGGCAUGCCCGUACAGGUGACCAUGGCAGAACUGAUGAGCUGGAGCCGGAGGCUGAAUGGUUGAAGAAGGUGAAUGGUGCGAUUGACUUGCGUAUACAACUACCUGUAAGUGCAGAGUUUAACAUGGAUGGAUCGAUCAUCGGAUUACAGAUCGAUGUUUCCUUGCAGGUAACGGACCUCCAGCAGCAACUUCAGGAUAAGCACAGCAUGCCAACAAGAUAG